CGUUGCCGGUGCCCUUAUCUCUUGCCGUUGGAGCUGCAAGUUUGGUGUUGUUGUGCCUUAGGAUAUUUCAAUGUCGAACGAGAGUGACAUAAGCCAACGUAAAUCCUCCAAAGAUUCCAUAAAAUAAGAGAGGGAAAAAAAACCAGAAAGUUCGGCAUCCUUGUCCCUUUUUUUUUUGUCCAAUAGGUAAUAGAAAUACCUCCUUCAGACUCAACUCCUUUUGCAGACUGGGAAACAAAAAUAUCUGAACUGCAAAUCUGUCAUUAUAGAAGCUCAAGACCACAAGAAAGUCUCCCACUGGCCUCUCCGUUGCCAUGACCACCACACCAUCAACGACAGCAUCAGCACAAACAAGCGGCCCAACUAGCAGCGACGCGUCUGUCUCGGGGCGCUAGAGGCUGUGGUCUCAGGGCCUAAAUAAUCCCCUAAAACACUCCAGAAGAGGAAAAGAACCACCAGCUGCGGGGGCUGUUUCGGGGCUCUAGAGGCCGUGGUCCCAGGGUCUCACCAGUGAAGAAAAAUCUGUCUGGUUUGGUGAUGUUCGUGUGGCUGUAGUGGGCGGACAGAGAGAGAGAGAGAGAGAGAGUCCAUUUGGAGCUGCACCGACAGACAUUCAUCUAAAGCUAUACAGGAGGGCAGCAGCUAUGCACCAAAUGAAAUGGAUUUGGCCAUAAUGUUGAUGCUUUGACACAGAGGAUGGAAUUGUUUGUCACCCUCCUGUGUCUUUCAACAGUCUAUGGAAACCAUCGUACCAUCAACUGGACAAAGCCUUCAGGAUGGAAAGGUUAUAUGGAACACCCACCUGGGGCUCCAUUCUCCCCCUGCCCCUGUGACAUGGCCUCCAAUUUCUGUGACCCCAGCUGUUGUUGUGAUGAGGAUUGUGACACCUUUCCCAUGAACACGCCAAGCUGUCCCUCUUCUGUUAUUGAAGCCCAAGCAAAGGAAUCAGUCUCUCCCCAUGCCUGCAAGUACUUUGGACUCUUUUCACCAGAGUGGCACAGUUUCUUCUGUCCAGUGAAGGAAAACUCUCCUAUCUUAGGUCUCUUUUACCCUCCUGAGCAAGCUAUCAGAGAUUUUCAGAAGUACCUGACAGUCGUGGGGCAAGAGCAUUACAGUUACCAGGAGGAGGCAGUACAUAUUUCAGACCUGGAGCACUGGCCUCACUAUGCACUUGGGGCACAUGUGUUGGUGGGGGAAGACUUGGGUGGACCAGUAGUGCGUGGUGCUCUCCAGUUGCCCCAGCCAGUAUUGGAAGGCUUCUGUGUGGACACUUUUCCUGUACAUUUCUUGGAAGACUUCAGCCAUGAGUGUCCAGUCAUCAUGUCUCCAGGAAAGUGUGAGUCUGAGGCAUCCUUAAGUGUGGCAAGCUAUCUCCAGCCAAGUGAUAGAACUACCACAGACCAGCCUGCAGGCCUUUCACAGGUCAUAGGGAACCUGAGUAGCUUGAAUUUUGUCAAUGCCUCAGUGCAAUAUCAGUGGUUGGAGGACAUCACUGGAUUCAUCAAGGUGCAGGGAGUAAACAUACCUACUCUUCUGGCUCAGAGCAGUGCUGCUGACCUGGAGGGUGACAUUCUUCCAUAUCUUGAUGAGGCAACAGACCAGUGCCACAAUGUAGUGCUGGCUGUGGAGUAUCAUUUAGCAUGGGAGGGGCCUGCCAUAGUUAACGUUGCUGCCACCAUCACUUUGGGCAGUGUUCCAGUGUUUCCAGAACCCAAAGAGGAUGCAUGCACCACUUUCGAGGAGCAAAACCCAACAUGUGUCAUACCCCCAGCACCUUGGCCUCUCCCCCUCUCUGCUACACCACAAGUCUUCCUCAUCCAGCACUUUAAGGUCCAGUUUCACCAUUCUCCCACCACUAAUGCCUCAGGUGACGCCAGUGACUUUACCCCUGAGGAGGCUGAGAUGGGAAAACUAAGCAUCCCUGAAAGGUCUGGCAACCCAGGAUACUUGUUACACAGACCCCUCCUGGCAGGUUAUGUUGAGUACAACAACAGUACAGGGGAGGAAAACAGCACAAAUGACAACCUGCUGUCUGUGGUUCUGAAUGUCUCCACAGGACUCUAUGUGUGGAGGCCAGAUGAAAGUGGGAGCUGCCACACAUUACCCAUGGAGAAGGUCACAUUUGGGGUAGACAUGUUCUCAGCUUGCCUCUACAAAUGGUCUGCUGUGAUCUUUUGCUCUGAUCUAAGGGAGACUCUUGAAGAAGCACUGUAUUCUUUGGUGCAGGCAGAAGUGAUCAGUGCUUUUGGAUGGCCUAAUGUCACCAAUGAAGAGGACUUCUUGCCCAUUAUCUUUGAGCACCACAAAGAGGACAACAAGACCAGUGGUAGUGGGUGUGAUAUUCCAUCAGCCCUGGAGUACACGAUCAUCUACCAGAAUGUAUUGGAGGAGCACAGUUCAGCCCUUGCUGUUCAUCAGGUCAUUGGUGCUUCUGUCAGGCUGCGUUACAAGACCCUCCACUUUGGCCACAACUUCAGCUCUGGAUCUCAGCUCCUCACCUCAAGUGUAGUGUUUUCCCAUCAACCAAGACCCUCAGGAUUGUCUAGAUUCUGGGAGGCGAUGGAAGACCGGUGGUGUGAGAGAGGAACCUGCUGGAGGGAGGUGCUCUGGCCGUGGACUCAUGGCUGGACAGGGAUGGGAUGGGGUGAUCAGGACCACCCCUCCAUCACCCUCGCCUCCCUGCUGGCCCAGUCCUUUCUUGCCUUAGUACUCCUCAUACCUCCUCUGGUUCUCACAUUUACUCAAGGUUUCAGACUAUCAUGGUGAGUGAAUGUGGGUGUGAGUGUCAAAUGUAAUGCAGUGCCUUAGACGAUCUCCAGUUGUGUUGCACUACAUAUCAUCAAACUAGUCAAAAUAUUAAGAGUUUCAUUUAUAUGAAUGAAUCAUGAUGUCUCAGGGAUCAAGAUAUGUUUAAUACACUUUGUGCACCCAGAAUGUUUUGAGGUAUCGCCUGGUCAUAGUUCAUAGAUUUUGUACAUAAUCUUAGCAGUUAGCAUCCAUUUUUAUCAGGCAUCAUGAUUGUCUUACCUUAUUGAAGUACUUCAACCAGCCAUUAUAUCAUUAUGAUACGAAUGGAUGCAAGUAUUGGAAUGAUUCAUGAUAUAACUUAUGCAUUGCAUUGCAAACUUUAUUGAAGUUAGACCAGAUGGGUUCCUUAGUAUAUUAUUGCUGUCAGUGGAGUCUUAUUUUACUUUUUACUUUAUUCAGAUGCCUUGAGUUUAUUAACUUUUGGAAAGAAAAAUUACAUUUUUUACAUAAGGUGUAGAUAUAAAGUGACUAAGGAAAAGGGAAAUUCACCCUUAGAAAUCUUUGAAGGCUACAAGUCUAAAUGUACAAGAACAUGAAAAGUGUAAAUGAAGGACAUAGUGAAGUUGUGGGCAAGAUGAAGUGGCUGAAGUCUUCAAGUUGAGUUCAUCCACUUCUUUCUUUUUCAUUUUGAAGGCCAGCUCACUUGUCUUUGUCUAUGGCAUUGACAUAUCUGGAAUUGAAAGAUUUUGACAGCCUCAUACACUGUAUGCACCAUGAAGAAAAUAUAUCCUCUCAUAAUGAAAA